GAGUGCUCUGACCUGGGCAAAACAGUAGGAAGUGCCUCACCUAUUUGGCCAGGUGAAUAGCUGUGCGCGAGCCGUAGGUGUCACAGUAAAUUGUUUUUUUUCUGAUUGUUCUACUUUCGCGCACACACACACGGAUACGGACACGUACACUGACACAAAGGAGUGCAACACACACACACUAGACACAAACGCCAGAUACACAAAGACACACAAUGGAGGCCCUCGGAGGCAAGGUUCCCUUCUGGCUUGAUCUCUGGGUCAUGGUGGGUCUGGAGGUGAUGGCGCUGCUGGUGACUUUCUACCUUCUGCCGGAAGGAGUCACAAAGUAGAUCAACUUUGACUCAACCCGUUGGCAGCGCGCUGGACACCCCCUUCCCACCCCACCCCGAUCCGAGGCGGGGUCCUCGCAGCAGCAAUGGCCGCGCCCAUCUCGCUCAACGUGGAGUUCGGCGGUGGUGCCGAGCUGCUGUUUGGUGGCGUAAAGUCCCACAAGGUGGAGCUAAGUCAACAAGAAAAGCCUUGGGAUGUGCGACAGCUGUUGGUGUGGAUCCGGAAAAACCUCCUUAAGGAGCGGCCAGAGCUGUUCAUCCAAGGCGAUAACGUGCGGCCAGGGAUUCUCGUGCUGAUUAAUGAUACCGACUGGGAACUGCUGGGGGAGUUGGACUAUAAACUGGUGGACCAGGAUACGGUCGUGUUCAUCUCCACACUGCACGGGGGUUGAGUCGCCUACGCCCAGGAGCACAGCAGUAAAAAUCACGGAGGAGCUUGCUUCACAUCAGAUUCACGUUUUGUCCGGUCAUCCAGAAUACAUCGACAAGUUUUUAGGGAAAAUAAAAAAAGCUGAAAUCAACAAAAAACUAAAUUGGGAGAAAAAAAACAACACAAACGCACUCGUGACAUGAUCCAGGAGAGACGCUGUCAUGAACAAUUGCACAACAGAAAUUUCCAAAACACUUUUCACGCACGUGACUCGUACACUAAUGGCAAUAUGCCGUGUUUGUACAUUGUCAGUCGGCAAGCGAAACAUUUUGACAAACGUGCCCAUUUUUUUUCAGCCCCACUGAGCAUUCAAAUACACAGUCGACUUCUGACCACCCUCUGCGCUUCAGCCAUUAGAAUUUGUGUUGCUGCAACAAGAGCAUUAUUUCACAAUGUAUUAAUAUCACCAAAGGGUUGCGUGGCAAGCCACACCACCAUCAUGUCCAAAUAACUGGUGGGCUAAUUUAAGAAGAUAGAAAACAAAGCUUUGAGAAUUUGGUCAUAAAGUUCACAUGCAUGAUAUGUCCUUGACAUGGUUGGCUCAAUUUGUUUAUUUUAUGUCGAGCCGAAUUAAAUUACGAGCGUUAUGAAUAAAACUGUUUCCCUUGCUGAUGUUUACGCAAUAUGUGUGUUUCGCUUGCUGGCUUUGCAUGGUUUAUUUAUGGAUAAAAAAACAUUCACUGAAGCCUGAAUUAUCUGUUUUGUUGAAACUCGUCUUGACAGCCAACCACUGAAGUGCCUAGAGUAAUGGUGCAGUGUGGUGCUUAUUUGGGUGUGUACUUUGGGCAGCUGUGCUGAUUGGGGAACAAUUACGUUGAGUUUAAGUUAAUAUAAACGCAGCAUAUUUAAACGAAAUAAAAAAUAAAGACUUA